ACCCACACAAAGGCAAUACGUAAUGAAAAUAUUAGAUUGUUCCAUCUGGGGAGCUGGUUUAUAUUGCACUACGAGAAGGGAUGUGAGUUUUGCCUCCAGAGAAGGAAAUAGUGGGUCUUACUAAUGUACAUGUUACCAGUAAAUCCUUUUCACCAUAGAGCAGGCCUGGGUUUUGUGGCACAAGAGUGUAGUGUCUAUUCCCACAGUGACUGCCUAUGAAAGCGAAUGUAUGGACAGAAGGAGCAGGAAGGAAUGAGUUCAGUGUCAGACACAGUGUUUUAUGCAGUUAUUGUAUUUAACGUUUCAAAGCUUGUUGUAACUGACAGCUGUGGCUGACCUUUUCCUUGCAUACGUAUUAAAUAAAAGCAGGAUGGUUCGCUAUGCUUAAAAUGUUUUGCUUUUUCUUGCAUCUAUUUGUCCUUGUUUUGCUUAUUCUGCCUUCCUUGGUCCCCUUCAAAGUUUGAGGCCAAUGGUAAGUGCAUUUUGCUGAUACUUCCUGUGUAGAACUCCUUUUGCCUUAAAAUCACAUUUUCUGUUUUGUUCUUUGCUUGGAUAUAAGGCUUUGUACUGAGUUUGUAUCUUCAUAGGUGAAGAGUGUGGCUCUGCUGGGCUUUGUCUGCAGUCUGAAGCAGUUUAUGCUCAGGAUCUGAUGUUUGCCCUUUUCAUCCUUUACACGUUUCUAGUGGUGUGGUUUUGGUUUUUUGUUUUCCAUUUGACCUAGCUCCAGUCUGGAUCUGUGGGCUGAAUGCUCUGCUUUUCCUUCUUCUCCUUCUCCUGCUUUAGUUCCAUCUGAAAAGAGAAAACAGUUUGUGGCCACUCCAGAGAACUGCGGUGAAAUCAGUAGGAGCGAUGGAGAGCUUCACUUCCAAAUCACACUGCUAAUCCAAAGUGAAUGGCUAACCCUGGGGUUUCUUCUGUCAGCAGAGCGUUGUGUAGUGCUAAGGUUCCUCCGGUACAAAUAGUUUUUGGAAGGCAUGAGGAGAACUAAGCAGUGCUAGAGAGAAGGUUACUGACAGGCCUUUCAAAGAGCAGGAUGUGCCAUGCAGAUACAUGACAGCUGUGCUUACCCUCAGUGGAAAUGAGAUGCAUUUCUCUUGUCUGUUUGUAACAUCUGGGCUUACGUCUCAGUAUGGGUGUUGAGGAGCGGGGCGAUGGGCUGGGCUUUGUUUUGCAUCAAUGCGAAUCACAAUUUUAGAGUGAACUUUUAGAAGUUCAGAGGGGAAUAGGACUUUAAGGAGAAUCUUCAAUCUACAGCUGUAGUAGGAAAAGACAGUAAUGUUUCAUUUGAACUACAGUUUACUAAACUAUUUACUUAAUGGCACGACUUUUCAGUGAUCUGAACUCCUAAUAUUUUAUGGCUGUCAAGCCAGCCAGCCUGGGAGUUUGUCACAGUAAAAAUAAAACCUUAUGUGCUCUGCACUUGGUUAGCACCGAACGGAUAGAUUCCAAGAAUGUUUAGCUCAGACCUUUAUCUUGAGUAGGUGACAGAAAUGCAGACACAUGGCAGCCGAGGAGCAACACAAACGUCCGCUUCAGGUCCCUGCUGGAAAUUUGUACAGUUUGAAGUGGGUGGCAUAUUUCAGAAAGAAAAACCAACACAAAUGCUUCAUUGUUUUAAGUCUUGUCAGGCUUCUUGUGAACAGAGUAGAGGCUGAGAAAGAAUGUCCCAACAGCUGAAAGCUCUCUGUAUUUUAAGUGAAUUACAUUAACUAAUUAAAUAACUAAUUUGUUUUCUUUCUUUAUAUAUUUGUUCUUUAUAAUCAAAUGCGUGAUGUGUUUUUGGCACCCAUUUCUGGUUGCUCCCAGUAAUAGGAAGGAUUUACAGUACAUAGCGUUACUGCAGUCAUGGUGUAAAGCCUUCCCACUCUCACACGGUUAUGGUGCAGACAUGUGCUGUGUGCAGGUUGUUUUUCCUUGAUGCCUGUAUGUUAAAAGUAUUAAAACUGGAAAAUAAAGAGCCUCAAAAGUGAGGGAAAGCUUUAAAAAGUGAGACUAUGUGCUAUUUGGCAAUCUGAACAAUGUGGUAUGGCAAGAAGUUGGGGUUUCCACGUAGCCUGUGUUUAAAUUGGGUUGGCUUUUAAAUUCUAAUAGUUUUUGUUAGCUGUUUUGUGGUGGGGAAAAAUGUGGCUGUGUCAGUGGCAAAAAAGAAAAGUCAGAGGUUUGGGCACAUGAAUGUAAGAACAUUUGGAACUGGUGAUACCAACGUUGCGACCCGUGUUUCCAGAACACAUGUGGUGUUGGAUUUGAACAAGAGUAGGAAUAGAGUGAACUUCACAUUCCUUUGAGCAAGAAACAAUAAUGCAGCGAAGACAGGGAAGAGUCAAUGCAGGACUGCUUUUGCUGCUGUACCAGAUUUCUCAAGUUGGACUUCAGAACAUUCCCUCUGUUACCCUCGCAGUGCUCAUACUGAAUGUUUUUUUCUUUCUGAAUCCCAUGAGGCCGCUGCAUGAGGCGUGUAUCAGUGUGAAGGAAGCUUUCUACAGGCAGAACUGGCAGCGUUUACUGCUUUCACCUGUCCACCAUGUUGAUGACUGGCACUUAUAUUAUAACAUGGUUUCCAUGCUUUGGAAGGGAAUAAUGUUGGAAAGGAAACUUGGGAGUGUGUGGUUUGCGUACAUAAUUGCAGUAUUUUCAGUGCUGACUGGAAUUGUCUAUGUGCUGCUGGAAUUCAUGCUUGUGAAGAUUCUGAACGAUCCUUCAUAUGAAAUGAAUUGUGGUGUAGGCUUCUCGGGAGUCUUGUUUGCUUUGAAAGUUCUUAACAACCAUUACAAUCCAGGAAGAGUCAGCAGUGUCCUUGGAUUGCAGAUAUCCAGCAAGUAUGCUUGUUGGGUGGAGCUGGUGGCGAUUCAUUUCAUUGCCCCAAGGACUUCUUUUGCUGGCCAUCUGGCAGGGAUUCUUGUUGGACUGAUGUACACAAUGGGUCCUCUGAAAAAGAUCAUGAAAGCCUGUGCAGGUGGCUUUUCUUCAUUCACAGACCCUGACAGGCCAAGAAACGACUACUCGGGCUAUUCAGAGUAUUACAGAUAUCCAGAUGAUCAAUACAGAACACCAAACAACUAUUAUGACUAUACAGGUGGGCUCACUGAAGAGGAACAGCUUGAAAGGGCAGUGCUAAACAGUCUGAAUGAAAGAGAUUUUGGUGGAGCAACAUACAAUAAUGAGCGGCGACCCUAUGGUUUUUGGUUCCCCCCUGAGCAGCACUCAGAAGAGGAAAUGCGAAGGCAGAGGCUUCGUAGGUUUUGGAGGCAAUGACAGCAGCAGGUGUUGAUGUAAACUGUACAGUGAUAUUCAGAAUUACCAAAAUAUUUGCAAAUUUAUUUAUUUGGGUUUCUUCGUUUUGUUUUUUACUGCGAUUUCCAAAACUGCAAAAGAUUUUGUGAGCUUAGGCUCAAAAUUGGAUAAAAAUGAGCUGGGAAUCAAAAUGUGAUCUUUGUCACUCCAUUUUGACGCAUCUUAUAUAUGAAAGAGAACUGUUUUUUUUUUACCAAACUUUCCCUGAACUUCUGUGUCGCCUGGCUCUUUGACUGCUGGUAUUCUUAGACAACAGGUUUUCUUCAUCACAGAAAAAAAGAAACAAAAAAAAACCCCCCACAAAAACCAAUAAACCCUUUUAAAAUGUAAAUUUAAAGCUAUGCAAUUCUUUUUUACAUAUUUUUGGUUUGAGAUGAACAACUCUUCUGGGAUUGGGACAUGAAUUGUCACUUGAAAAGACUGCCAUGAGGACGAUGGCUGGAUCACAUGAGUCUAGGCUUAGAGUUUUCAUGGAAAGGAAGAUGCAUAAGCCAUACAAGGAAUAGAUUUAGUUGUUAACUUAUACUUUUUAGGAAUACCUGUCUUCCUUUUUAAGAAGGUUUGGAAAUUAUAUUGAAUUAUAUUGUGCAUAUGUUGUUUAUAGAGCUAUAGAAAUUCAGCUGUUCGACUCUAUAUGUAUCUCAUUUGAGGUCCAGUGAGCAGUGGUAGUAGUUUGCAGGCUGGUGGAGGUCUUGCCUUAAUACAGUUCACCUGGAAUUCUUCAUUUUCUAAAAAGCAUUUCUUGACUUAAUUCCAGAGUAGCUGACAGCAGAGGUGGGAGCCCGGCUGUCCCUGUGCACAGGCCGUCUAUUCGCUGUCCUGCUGGUGGCGUAUCUGCCUGUUCAGCAAUGUUAACUAACAAACCUGAAGCUUUUUUUUUUUUGAGUAUCAUUCUGAAAAACCAUUCAUUACCUAGACUUAAUUUUCUUGUUUAUGGGAAAAAAUUCUUCUGAAAGAUACUCCCGUAACUCUUUUCAGACCUGAAGAGGUGUGAUUGAACAAAAAUGAUUUGAUUUUUGUCCUUUGACACAGGAUUGUUUGAAACUCUUUAGGAUUCACAUAAUGUGGUGCUAGGAUUAGCAAUGUAAUGAUUUCUUUUCAGAGAUAUGAUCACCAACUUGUGCUAUAUGAAGUCUGUCUCUCUAUGAAGUUACGGAUUGAGUGUAAAACAGUGUAAAAGGGGGAAAAAAAGUGAUUAUGUGGUUUAAAUAGAGUGUACUUCCUGCUAUUAAUGUAUGUGGGGGGGAGUUUAUAUUUGCUGUGAAACACAUAAGCUGUUCUCCCACUAAUGUGCCGUUCUUUCACCUUCCUACCUAUUCCUGGUUGUUUGCCCAGCAGCGGCACACUUAUGCUGGGUAUGAGCUUCAAGGGUCAAAGGCAUGAAUGCGGUGUGACUUUGGAUGUAGUUGUUUAGGUGAUAUAAAAACGCUGUUGAUAUUAUACGCAGUGUUUUGUCAGAUUCUAAAACAAAGGAUAAGUAAUGGUGAAUUAUGGUGUUCUUUGUCUUGCUUUUUUUCCUGAUAUGUGUGUGCCUUGGUUGUUUUUCAGUAUAUUCAGUCGCUGCAGAAUAAAACAGCAGAUACUCCUACCUUACAGCAGGCUAACUUUCUGAUAUUUAGUUAAAUACCAAAAAAGCAUAGAGUUUGCACAUCUUGCUCAGUGUGUAAUAAUGAUGUGUAAAGGAGGAAGUAGGAGUAUUGUUUCCUCAGACAGAACUUAAUGCACUGGUCAAAUGCUUGUGCAAUUUACUGUCUAACCAUUAUUUUAAUUAAAACCCCUGCGCUUCACUACUUAGUUGAAAGAAGUGGAACAAAAACCAAAAUGAAGAACAUGAUUACAACCACGUGAGUAACUCAGGAACUUCCUUGUACUUACAUUUUGUUGAAUGUUUGCCAUUAAAUCCUUAAGAAAACCUCUCAGCUCUAAUAGUUCAGCUGUUUUCAUUUUUUGUAUAAAAAACUGAAAUAAAGUUUUUUUAUAUUUCA